CCGUCUUUUCACUGUGAAGCGAAAGGAGUCUGGCGCUCCCACGCUUUUCCUUCGUUGUCGUAUAUUUUGUGAUGUUCUAUCCAGUUUCUCAGUCUCAAAAUUUCUCUUCAUCCAUGAAAUGUUGCUUUCCCUUAACCACAUUAGCUAUGCUUGUCCUUCAUCUAGAACACACUCUUCUUCUCUCAUCUGCCCAAUCCCCAAAACCUUAAUUUUCGAGUACCAUAACAGUAGUAGUAGUAGUAAUAAUAAUCCCUCACUCAAAUUCCUCGUCCGGAGCUCCAGUGCCGACAACCCCCAAACCCUCCCUCAUUCCGCCAUCCAACGCAUUGCCGACAAGCUCCGCUCCCUGGGCUUCACCGAAGAAACCGAAACCAAAGCGCAAACCACUGCUGGAGAAAUCUUCAUCCCUUUACCAAAUCGAUUGCCCAAGUACCGGGUCGGCCAAACUCUCGACCCGAGCUGGAGCACGCCGGAGAAUCCGGUACCGGUGCCGGGUUCCGGGAAGGCUAUAUCUAGGUAUCAUGAACUGAGAAGAGAGGUGAAGAGAGAAAGAGAAGCAAAGAAAGGAGAGGCAAAAGUCCCGUCAUUGGCGGAAUUGAGUUUACCCAAUGAGGAAUUGAGGAGGCUGAGGACAAUUGGGAUUGCGGAAAAAAGGAAAUUGAAGGUCGGGAAAGCAGGGAUUACGGAAGGGAUAGUGAAUGGUAUUCAUGAGAGGUGGAGGAGGUCCGAGGUUGUUAAGAUUGUCUGUGAGGAUUUGUGUAGAAUGAACAUGAAGAGGACUCAUGAUUUAUUGGAGAGAAAAACUGGAGGGUUAGUUGUGUGGAGGGUUGGCAGUAAAAUAGUGUUGUAUAGAGGUGCCGAUUAUAAGUAUCCCUACUUCCUUGCAGAAACUAGUUCAGUGAAUGAAACUUCUCCUGAUGCUGUACAAAAUAUAGACGUGGAUGAUAAAGAAGUUGAUGAGGAGGGGAGUGUCCUGUCUGCCGUGGAUGGCGCAGCUCCACCUGAACCAAGAUCAUCCGAUGAAAUAGUUAGACCGAGCUUAGUCCAAGGGGUUGGUUCCCCCAAUAGAGUACGGUUUCAAUUGCCGGGGGAGGCACAACUUACAGAAGAAGCUGAUCAGUUGUUGGAUGGACUAGGCCCCCGAUUUAAUGAUUGGUGGGGAUAUGAUCCACUCCCAGUUGAUGCUGAUCUCUUACCUGCUGUUGUUUCUGGAUAUCGGAGACCCUUCCGUCUUCUUCCAUAUGGUGUCAGCCCCACUCUGACAAAUGAUGAAAUGACCACAUUAAAGAGGCUUGGUCGACCCCUGCCUUGCCAUUUUGCCUUAGGUCGAAAUACGAAACAUCAAGGAUUGGCUGCUUCAAUUGUCAAGCUUUGGGAAAAAUGUGAGAUUGCUAAAAUUGCAGUUAAGAGGGGAGUGCAGAAUACUAAUAGUGAGUUGAUGGCUCAAGAAUUAAAAUGGCUGACCGGAGGAACUUUGCUUUCACGGGAUAGAGAAUUUAUUGUAUUGUAUCGGGGAAAGGAUUUCCUACCAUCUGCAGUUUCCUCUGCAAUUGAAGAUCGAAGAAAGCGUGGAGAUAUGGAUAAACGAUGGACAGACUGUAUUACAUCAAAUGAAACUUCGGAGGAGCUUAAAGACAGGAGUUGGAGGACUACAAAUGCUAAAUCUAGAGAUGAAAUUGAUGAUACCAAUGACCGGAAACAUGAUCUCUCUGAAAAUAAAAACUUGAGGUCCACUGAUGCAGCAAUUAAAAGGACUAGCAUCAAAUUGUCCAUGGCACUAGAAAAGAAAGCCAAAGCCGAGAAACUUCUUUCAGAGCUAGAGAAAUCAGAGAUGUCCCAGCAGCCAGAAAUAGAUAAAGAGGGGAUAACUGAAGAAGAAAGAUAUAUGUUACGGAAGAUCGGCUUGAAAAUGAAGCCUUUCCUUUUAAUGGGUAGACGGGGGGUUUUUGAUGGAACAAUUGAAAACAUGCACCUUCACUGGAAAUAUAGGGAGCUUGUAAAGAUAAUAUGUAAAGAGAAGAGCUUUCAGGCUGUUCAAGCAGUAGCACGGACCUUGGAGGCUGAAAGUGGUGGAAUAUUAGUGGCAGUGGAGGGUGUCAGUAAGGGUUAUGCUAUUAUCCUGUAUCGCGGGAAGAAUUAUACACGACCUGCUUGUUUAAGGCCUCCAACACUCCUGAGUAAAAGGCAAGCAAUGAAACGCUCUUUAGAGGCACAACGACGAGAGUCAUUGAAGCUUCAUGUUUUGCGGCUCACCAGUAACAUAGACCACUUGAAACUUCAAUUAGUUAAAGACAAGGAAGCCUAUAAUGUACAGUGCUUUGAUGAAUCAAAAUUUCAGGUUAAAGAUGAAUUAGAAGAACCUGCAAGAACAGAUUCUGAACUGAAGCCUGAUUGUCAUUCAUAUUCAACCAUUCCUGCUGAUUGUAAUGCGAUUAUUGAGACUAGGGAUGAACAUGGAGUUGAUUCAACUGCUGUUAAUCAAAAUGAUAGCCUGGGUGCAUCAGCGAAUCAUAAGCAACUUCAACCUGCUCAACGGUCUAAUUGGACUGAUCUUUAUCCAACAUUUGAUGGGAAUAGGACUGGUGAAAAUGAACCUAAUUCUUCACCUGAAUUCUCAAAUGAAAAGAAUGUGUCUCACCUUAAUGCCAAGAACUGUGUUUCUUUCAAUGAGGAAAUGGGAUCAUCAGUCAAAUCAGCUGAAAAUCAGUCGGGAGAAUCAGUUCCAAUUGUGGUGGAAGAGGACAAUAGAAAGCCUUCCAGCGUUGUUUGUCUUUCCAAUAGAGACAGACUUCUUCUAAGAAAGCAAGCCCUCAAGAUGAAAAACCGUCCAGUGCUUGCAGUAGGGAGGAGCAACAUUGUCACUGGUGUUGCAAAAACAAUAAAGGCCCACUUUCAGAGGCAUCCUUUUGCUAUUGUACAUGUCAAAGGCAGAGCCAAAGGAACUUCUGUCCAGGAGGUGGUUUCCAAGUUGGAGGAAGCAACAGGUGCAGUUCUAGUCUCUCAGGAGCCCAGCAAGGUCAUACUUUACCGGGGUUGGGGUGCAGGUGAACCAGGCCACAAGGGCAAGGAAAAUAAGCAAAAUGCCGGGGAGGCAUCUAGAGCAAAGGGCAGGAGUCGGCAUGCUGUGUCUCUUGAGCUCAUGGAAGCAAUCAGACUUGAAUGUGGGCUGCAGCACAACCACCAAGCUAACAGACCAACUUCAUCUGUAUAAAUUCGAGCAUGUGCGUGAAGAAUUGCAUCCAUUGCCAUGAUCAGUGCUUGUACUAAAAAAUGCAUGUUAACACCUUGGUGUAAGGUCAUCCCUCUUCACGCUGUCUGUGUAGUGGAAAGUACACGUUCUCAGAUGAUUUUGGAUAGUUCAGCAUAGAGCAACAAUGCUUUUGCUCGUGUAAGAUACUUGACAGAAACUUGGUUUCCAUCUUCAAGAAUGAGCCGCAUGUUCGGAGUCCUUUGGAUCAAGAAAAAAAGCAAGGCAUUCGUGUUUCAACUGCAUCAACUUUUGCUGCAAGAAUAAGAUGGGAAGGAAAAACAAACGAUAAAGUCUCGUUCCAGAUGA